AUAAUAAUUCACUCCAUCUCAAACAUGGAUGUAAGAGAAUAGCCCUGGCUCUGUCUGGUUGGCUGGGAACACGGAAACGUCUGAAACUUUCAUAUUACGUUGCAUGUCGCUAGAGUUCAUGGGAAGUGUAGUAUAACGGCAACAUCAACUAUAAUAUUCGUGGCGUCUAUGGUGUGAGUCUCAGACUACAUUACCCAGCAUCCACAGGGCGCCAUGCAAUGUUGACGUGUAUUUUGUUGCUAAUCUGAAAAACUCCUAUUUCGCAUCACACAGCUGUCACAGCCGGACAUCAUUUAACCAAAACUUGGAACAUUUGACCGACAUUGUGUUAUAUUUAAGCGGUUGGUGAGUUCGAAACAGUUUGUAACGAUGUCCGGAGAAAUCUCUAUGAUUGGUUCGGUUAUCCUGGCCCUCUUCCUGGCAGGAUACCUGGGUCAGCAGUACUUGCCGCCCCCCAAGCCCAGAGUGAUCGGCCUGGAUCUGGGCACCACCUUCUGCUCGGUCGGCGUCUUCCAUCCUGGCAGCGGGGAGGUGGAGGUGAUCGCGGAUGAAGAGGGAAGGAAGAGCAUCCCCAGCUCCGUCUCCUUCACCACCACUGCGGUGCUGUCCGGACACGAAGCCGUGGAGCUGGCCGACAACAACCCUCAAAACACCAUCUAUGAUGCAAAGAGGUUCAUAGGGAAGAUAUUUGAGCCGGAAGUCCUGGAGCAGGAGAGCGCGCGGUACCCGUUCAAGGUGAUAAACAAUAACGGAAGUGCAGAGUUUGUGAUCUCCACCAACCACACCUUCACUGUGAGUCCAGAGUUCAUCGGCUCCAGGCUGCUGCUGAAGAUGAAGAAGAUGGCCGAGCGACAGCUGGACGUACCCAUCCAGAAGGCCGUCAUCUCGGUGCCCGCGGAGUUUGACGAGAGACAGAGGAACUACACCGUGAGGGCCGCUAACCUCGCUGGCCUGGAGGUGCUGCGCGUGAUCAAUGAGCCCACAGCGGCGGCCAUGGCGUACGGCCUGCACAAGGUGGAUGUGUUCAACGUGCUGGUGGUCGACCUGGGGGGGGGGACCCUGGACGUUUCUCUGCUCAACAAACAGGGAGGCAUGUUCCUCACCAGAGCCAUGGCAGGGAACAACAAGCUGGGAGGUCAGGACUUCAGCCAGAGGUUGCUGCAGUACGCCAUGGAGCGAGCCCAGCAGGAGUUUGGCGUCCCUCCCACUCUGAAAGAGGACAUCCACCGCCUCCGUCAGGCCGUGGAAGCCGCCAAGCUCAACCUCACCCUCAACCCCAGCGCCUCCAUCCGCGUCCCCCUGCACCUGCACACCCCCGACAGCUCAGAGUCCCCCGGAGGCUCCGCUCCUCCUCCGGUUCUCUUCCAGACCGUGAUCACACGGGAGCUGUUCGAGGAGCUCAACGAGGACCUCUUCCAGAAGAUCCUGGUCCCCUUGGAGACCGUGUUGGCCGAGGGCCGCCUGGACAAACAGGAAGUGGACGAGAUCGUUCUGGUGGGCGGCUCCACCCGGAUCCCGCGGAUCAGGAGGCUGAUCAGCGAGUUCUUCGGGAAGGAGCCCAACACGUCGGUAGACCCCGACCUGGCCGUGGUGACAGGGGUCGCCAUCCAGGCCGGCAUCAUGGGGGGGUCCUGGCCCCUGCAAGUGAGCGCCAUCGAAAUCCCCAACAGACACCUGCGCAAGACCAACUUCAGCUGAUCAGAGUUAUUUAUGUAAACGAUCAAAGGGAUGCCUCAAAGACUUCAUAGCUGUUUCAUGCUUUAAUUAUGUGCGUCAUUUAAAACCUGCUGAAGUAUGAGGAACUGCCAACAAAACACACCGUCACCUGAACCAGGAAGAUACUCAGGUUUUUAACUCAUGAUUCUUGUUUGUGUAAGUGCCACAUUUCACAACAUUCCUCUUAGACAGAUUCUAACUGAUAGCAUCUACAGAAGUGAACAGUCCUGUUUUGUUAAGGGACAGAUUAUUUUAUUUUGCACAAAGCUUCCGCAGAAAGAAAAUAAUGACUGAAAAUGUGAAGGAGAAACUUCUCAGCGUCAAUGAUGCUUCUUCAUGGUAGAUACUUUCAUGGUGUUCAAUUCAGGGAGCAACCAUUUCAAGGACUUACAACCUAGCCAGUAAAUCUUCUGCUAAUUAUGUAUUUAUUUAUUCAUAAGCGGUGUGUGUCAGAGGUAGAGACACAGUGUGUUCCUGUUCAGAAAGCUGCUAUACUGUUGGAGGUGCGUGGAGGUGUAACAGUUUUAAGAUGUAUAAUUAAUUUCAAACAGAUUCACAGCAUUGCCUACAGACGAAUCACCUCGAUAAUGAGUAGGUGUGGUUGACUCGGCUAAUAGGUAAUGAUGCAUGUUGAGAGAAAGCCUAACUAUUCAAACAGUACUGUAACAUCUCACAUCACUAGCACCACCUCUCGCUCAUGCUCAGUGCUGCACCUCCACUUGUUGACUAACUGUUUUUGUGCAAUAGUGAGCCAUUUGUGUAGCAGGGACUUAUGUUUGUGCUGCAUGUGAGAAGUAGAAACUGCAGCCUGCUUUUUCUGCUUUAGGUAGAGAAAGGUGACUAUAGACCUGCAGGAGGACCAACGCUUUGCUUACCGGUGCUUUGUGGAUUUGGAAAUGGACCUGAUGAAUGCCUUCAAUUGUGACAGAAUUGUAUUGAAUAAUUUACUUUGAAGAAAAUUAUCUUGCUCUUUUUGUGGUGGAUUUUAGGCUGGUUACUGAAAAUCCAGUAUGGUCCAAUAUUCCCAUUUCCAACCAAGAACUCAAGUUACCUUCAUUCCUUUAAAAAAGUAUUAAGACUACAUUUUGCCUAAUUUCAUUCAUGAAUCAGUUUAUUUAUUAUAUCGACUUUUGUUCUCAUUUGUCGUACUUCUCAUGUUGAAACUAAGAUCUUGAUAUAAUGGAGCCUUUAACUAAAGAAGCAGAUUGCCUUUGAUACCGUACAUAUCAUUAUUAGUCCCUUUUUGAAAGAGGGAGAAAUUAUGUGACUAAGAUCUAUUUUUAUAGGUCGUGUCAUACUCACUGAAGUCCAGCCACCUCAACAUUGACGAAGAAGUUUGAACUUACAAGCCGCAAUUAAAAUGAUUUCCCUUCGCUAACUCA